AUGAGAUCGGUGUUGCACCAGACUAGAGCUUCAAAGCUGCACGAUCUGGCGUUGGCCGGACAGGUGGACUUGACCAAACCGAUAAUCGAGCAACCCGAACAGGGCAGUCGACCGCCAUCACAAAACCGACAGGAUGCUGAAAGCCAAGCGUCAAGCAAAGACGAUCAACAACAAUUACAACUACCACAACAACAACAACAACAACAACAUAACCACCACCAAAAGGGCAACCAGCUGAGCUGUCAACGAUGCAACGCGUUGUUUUCGAACCAAGACCAACUCAAUACCCACCAACAGCUGUACUGCAUGUUCGGCACGCCAAUGAGUAUGUUGCCGAUGAAUCCGACACUGGCCUUUGCGGCCAACAAUCUGAGCGCUUCCGUUCAGGGACCAAAGUCGCCAUCGCAACAGUUAACGCUGACCGAAGAACAGCUGUUAAAAGUUCCACUGGCACUGCAAGGUAAGAAGCACUCGCACAUGUACAAGCUGUUGGAGAGCUAUGGGUUUGACUUGGUGAUGCAGUUUAACGAGAAUCACCAAAAGCGUAAGGAAAAUGAAAAGUUGCUGCAAGAGCUAACUGCCCAUCUGGAAAUGGAACACCAGGCGAACGCCGUCAAGGAGGAAAUUAAUGAGAUUAAUGAAGAAGAUACCGGUGACUUGCCUGAAGUUGCCAAGUCAACAUGCGUGCACUGCAACAAAGAGUUUUCCAGCGUAUGGGUGCUGAAAGCUCAUUGUGAAGAGGUCCACAAGGACCUAGUGCCGUUUGAUUUUCUCGAAAAAUACGCCAAACAGAUUAAAUGUGAGAUAGAGAAGAAGGGCAACGAGCCGCCGACCGCCAACACCAUUACGUCAUUGCCGUCAUCGACAUCCGUGUCUACAACCACAACGCCAACGGCCAGGAUCGGUUCGCCGUCCGAGGACGUAUCCGUUAAGAUGGAAAAUGAACAGGACAUCGAAGCACAAGCAGAAAACGUCGAUUACAUGUCCAACGCAGCCACAUCGUCAACCGGUGAACAGUCCAACGUGAACAUGUCCGGUGUGCCAUCGAACAUUCCGCUGUCGGUCGCUCAACACUUGAAUGAAAUGCAAGCGGCAUUCAACGCGAUGGCAGCAUCGCAACUUACACAACAACUUCAACAGUUCAACCCUAUGAUGGUGGCCAGUAUGGCUGGUCUUGGUAUGGGGCUGCCUUUGGGCCUUAACAUGCAAGCGCUCGCCGCUAUGAAUCUACAACCACCGUUGGUCCCCAUGAUGAUGCCGCCACCGAAUUUCGAGUCAAUAAUGGGUUCGCAACAAAAUACAAUGUUCCAACAACAACCCUCCUCCAUGGACCCAACUGGAAUCCUGGCAAAACAGCAACAAUUGCUUCAACAACAGCAACAAGUGCAACAAAAUUCGCAACAAAAACGAGCGAGGACACGCAUCACUGAUGAUCAAUUGAAAAUCCUACGUGCUCACUUUGACAUAAACAAUUCUCCAUCUGAAGAUCAGAUACAAGAAAUGGCCAGCCAAAGUGGUCUCCCACCCAAAGUCAUCAAACACUGGUUUAGAAAUACAUUAUUCAAAGAAAGACAGAGAAACAAAGAUUCUCCGUACAAUUUCAAUAAUCCACCAUCGACUACGUUGAAUUUGGAAGAAUACGAGAAAACCGGCGAAGCAAAAGUGAUGCCUCUUACUCAACCAAUGCCAAUAAUUGAAAAUACCGACGUCGUCGUCAUUAAAGAAGCGCCUAAGACACCGACAUUCGCGAAAAAGAAGCCUCUACAAACCAGCACCCCGAAUAAUAACACUGUUGUGCGAGCACAGAGUCAAACACCCACAUUUCCUCAACAACAGACAUUUGCUCAAAACUUUUCGAGACCGUUCACCACACAGUCCUUGGAGUCUCCGGUGAAGAUGGAAUCGCAAGUCAAACCAGAACUGAAAGAUGCCGAAACUAGUCAGCCUGAAACGAAAUUUCCGUGGGGCAAUCCCGAGUCUCCAUCCAAACGUAGAGAUUCGGUUGAAGAAAAACAAAAUCUGUACAUUCACCAUGACAGAGGGUCGCCGCUAGAUUUAAACGCCGCUGAAAAUCUAACUUUGUCCUCGAUUCUAACUUCUCAACAUCAAGAAAUUAAUAUGUCAAAUGCAAUUUCCACCAGCAAUAUGCUACCACCGAAAAUAUCUGCAUCGAGUUUUACUUCGCCACCACAAAUGUCGGUCACCACACAAUCGGGACCGAGGAGCAUUAGCCCUGGUAGAUCGCCCAAUUCGUCUGAUGGGUUUCCGCACUCAAUCAUGAUGAACCAGAGUAGCGGUGGUUCCGGGGGUUCCACCUCGUCUGGUAAACGGGCAAAUAGAACUCGUUUUACAGACUGUCAGAUCAAGGUGCUUCAAGAAUUCUUCGAAAACAACGCAUACCCAAAAGACGAUGACCUCGAGUAUCUGUCAAAAUUGUUGAACCUGAGCCCAAGAGUGAUCGUCGUGUGGUUCCAAAACGCCCGACAAAAAGCCAGAAAAGUUUACGAAAACCAGCCAGCUGUAGAACCUGCACCAGGUAUUGUUGAAGAGGGUUCAAAUCGAUUUCAAAGAACCCCUGGUUUGAACUAUCAGUGUAAUAAAUGCCUGUUAGUGUUCCAGAGAUAUUAUGAACUCAUUAGACAUCAGAAGACUCACUGUUUCAAAGAAGAGGACGCUAAAAGGUCGGCUCAAGCUCAAGCAGCAGCCGCCCACAUCGCGGCUGCAUUGAGUUCCGAAGAUUCAAACUCAAGUACCGUAGAAAAUCAUCAAGGACAAAGCGCAAACUCUAAUCCGAUGACACCAACUCCGACACCAACUCCGAGUUUGACAUAUCCGACAUCACCGAUUCAAACGUCAUCUUCACAUGACAAAGAAAAUGUUUACAACUGUGAACACUGUACUUCAGUGUUCACCAAACUUGACCAGUGGAAAGAACACCAACAAGUCCAUUUAAUGAAUCCAAAUUUGUUCCCUACCUAUCAUCCAGAAAGUGCUUUCGGAAUUUUACAACAGCAAGCACAAUUACACCAACAACAGCAGCAGCAGCAGCAACUCCAACAACAACAAUCUCAGUCACAACAGAUGAGUGGUACGUCCGAAUUGAACGCUAACCCCACGUCGUUGAUUUUGUCCAUGAUGCAACAGAAUAAUAAAAGAUCAUUCGACGAAUUCGACGAUCAUAGUGAUAAAGAAACCGAGUUCACAAAAGACAAACGCCUAAGAACCACUAUUUUACCAGAACAGUUGGAUUACUUGUAUCAAAAAUAUCAGAUCGAGAGCAAUCCCUCUAGAAAGAUGUUGGAAAGCAUUGCACAAGAAGUGGGUCUAAAGAAACGCGUAGUGCAAGUGUGGUUCCAAAAUACCAGGGCCAGAGAGCGAAAAGGUCAGUUCAGAGCGCAUUCACAGGCGAUUAAUAAAAGAUGUCCGUUCUGUUCAGCCAUUUUCAAAAUCAAAUCGGCGUUGGAAUCGCAUUUGCAGACCAAACACCCGGAACAGUGUUCCAGGGGGUACAUAAACGUAGACAACAUUCCAGAUGAAGAUGUCAGUAUGGACUCAUUCGCGUCGUCCCAGAUGAGCGAGAUCGGGCAAAAGAACCAGACGUACGCGUCGAACCCGUACUAUCAAAACUCGGAGGACGUGGAAAACCUAGGUAAAAUGUACCAGGAGUCGUUAAAGAGAUACAUGGAGGAAAUGCAACAGUCGAGUAUGCAGAAUGGUGUUUUGUCCGAGGGUGGCGAAAAAACUAAACCGGAGGGAGACAGUCCGCUAGAUCUGAGCAAGCCCGUGGAUUUGCGCAUGGAUCAAGAACAGGACGAUGACGAAGACAGCAUGUCUGAAUGCACGGAUAUCAUGGAUGACGAAAGUCCAGCUUCACCUGCGUCAAGCACUCAGAGCGGUCAGCAGAGGGUGAACGCUCCUGGUGGCAGCAGUAGCAGUCAAAACAAACGGUACCGGACGCAAAUGAGCAAUGUGCAGGUGAAGGUGAUGAAAGCACUGUUUGAUGACUACAAGACCCCAACGAUGGGUGAGUGCGAGAUGCUGGGCCGUGAGAUCGGCUUGGCUAAGCGCGUGGUCCAGGUGUGGUUCCAAAACGCACGGGCCAAGGAGAAGAAGUACAAGCUGCAAACCAAGCAGAACCAAGAUCUGACUGGACCACCGGACGAGUGCAAGUAUUGUCGAUUCAAAUACACUCACAAGUAUUCCGUCCAAGACCACAUAUUCACCAGCCGGCACAUCGCCCUGGUCAAGCAGCACGUGGAGAGCCGAAUGUCGGUGUCCGACAUGUCGGGCAACUGCAGCGAUGGUGAAUUCACGGUGCCGCCCAAUCCGGGCGACCCGCACAACAACAACCUUCCCAACCAGCAAGUCAAUCAGAUGCAGAUGCUCCAGCUGGCCGGGCUCAUCGGCCAGUCUCCAGUCGCACAGGCCGUGGCCAUGGCUACCAUAGCGAAGCUGGACGGCAAGGACCAGUCGCAAAUGACCGCCGAGGAGUUGGCCUUAUUGCCGCACCUGUACAACCUGGGCAUGACUUUCCAGCAAGGAUUCAUGCACCCGGGCACAGCUAUGAUGACGUCGCCAGGAUAG